CUAUUUGAACUUGACGCAGCCAGCUACCUUGAUACCAUUAACUUAGUCUAUACUAUAAUAUUCUGCUACACGUAGCGCUAUAAACUUAGCUCGUUAGUUUGAAUUAAGUACAAUAUACCUAAGGUUAGAUAGGUAGGCCCAUCGCUGGAAGAAGCGAGUCGCACCCCAAAUAGGCUAUUAGUAGUACUGCAUUUUAUUCAGAAUACGGCUCUGUAUUCUUCACAUUGGAUGUCUCCCUUGUGUUGACUUUGUCCUAAUACUGCACCGGAAACUCCUGUUACUAACCAAAGCUAAAGAGCGCCUCCUGUUAAGAAAAACUGAACACGGAAGGACCGAGUGGGUGGACCACCUGACUUGUGCAUCGUAAUAUGUGGUUAUACUAGCUAGAAUUAGCUCUUUUUUAACGCGGUAGCUAGUUAACGGCAUUGCCAGUGGACCUGACCUCAACGUGCACAUUCCGUUUGCAGAUUCUUCUCGUAACAAGCGUAUUAUCGCUCUUAACUUUGUCUGCAAGCCAACGUUAGCACGAUUGCGAAUCGACGUUAGAUUCCUAAAAAUGUCGCCAGCUAACAUGAAAUAGCCUGGAUAAGAGCGUUCUGCUACAUAGCUACGUCUUUAGAAAGCAUUAAUGAUACGAAGCAUGCACUUGUGCUCUUUUAACGUUGCAGACCACAAAAUCUGCUUAUUGGAGAGGUAGUAAAUUCCCCUAACAAAAGUGGAACCUUUUGCCAACGGCCACCUUCCGUUCUCCCUUUAGAGUUCCACGAUGGUUAAGUAUUUCUUCUGCGACACUGACAUCAAGAACGCAUGGGACCACGUUUGCUCAGCCUUCUGGCAGAGGUACCCCAACCCAUUCAGCACCCACGUUCUUACGGAGGACGUGGUCUACCGCGAGGUCACGCCGGACCAACAGCUUCUCUCCCGACGCCUCCUGACCAAGACCAAUCGGCUACCUCGCUGGGCUGAGCGGGUCUUUCCGGCAAACCUGUCCCGCUCCGUUUACAUUGUGGAGGACUCCAUUGUAGACCCCGGCAACAAGAACAUGGUGACGUUCACCUGGAACCUCAACCAUACCACACUAAUGGUGGUGGAGGAGCGCUGUUGGUACCAGCAGAACCAGGACCGGCCCGGCUGGACCCAGCUCAGGAGGGAGGCGUGGAUCACCUCAGGGGUGUUCGGUUUCUCCCGGCCCAUCCAGGAGUUCGGCCUCGCCCGUUUCAAGAGUAACCAGACCAAAGCCAUGAAGGGCCUGGAGUACGCACUGUCCAACCUGCAUGGAGACGCCCCCCAGCGCCCCCCCAGAGACACGGUCAGGGAUGCGUCGGAGAAAGCCAAGGAGACCGCGAUGGCUGCUACAGAGAAGGCCAAGAACCUGGCCUCCGCGGCCAGCACCAAGAAACCACAACAGUUUGUGUAGCGUGGACACGCGUUCACAGCUGAGCCAGGCACACGCGCACACACACACGUACACACGCGCCACGUGCACGCACACACACUAUUGUGUCCAAGUCUGCUGAUGAAAUGUGACUUUAGUUUUAUUUUUUUCCCCCGUCGCUUCAAAAACUCGUCAAAGUCGUGUUAUGCUGUUUUUCGGGGUUGUUUUUAAAAAUUGGGCCGCUGAGUUUUGAAGUUUAAGAAGCGGCCCCUUUUUAAAGUUCAUGGUGACUGUGGCUGAAUGGCGGGAGCGAGCUUUUAAAUGUAUUCCCCCAGUUCUCGAUUUGCUGUUCCGCUACUUUUGAGCUGGUUUCUGACAACACAUUCACUUAUUUGUCCUGGGGAAAUCUGACAAUAUUGACACUCACACUCGCACCCACGCUCACACUCGCGCACACGCUCACACACACAAACACACUCACACACAUGCGCUCACACACAUGCAAAUACAAAUACACACACAAACA